AUGUCACGUUUAAUUAAUUAUAAGAUCAAGGAAAUUUCAACAAAAUUAUGUGACAAAACUUUAUGUCCGGUUGAAAUAGUUUCUGACUUUCUACCCAAACUAAAAUCAUUCAAUGAAAAAUUCAACACCUUUAUAACAAUAACAAAUGAAUUUGCACUCAAAAGAGCUGAAGAGUCAUUACAUAGAAUAAAUAAUGGUCAAAAACUUCCACUUGAUGGAGUUCUUAUUGCAAUUAAAGAUAAUUUUUGUAUCAAAAAUAUAAGAACGACAUGCGCUUCAAUAAUGCUUAAAGAUUUUAUUCCAACAUAUAACGCAACUGUUUACCAGAAGCUUGAAAAUGCUGGUGCCAUUCUUAUGGCCAAAACUAACAUGGAUGAGUUUGGAAUGGGAUCGGGAACCGUUGAUUCAAUCUUCGGACCUGCAAAAAAUAUUUGGAGUAAAGAUUUAAAUAAUCCUGCAAUUGCUGGAGGAUCAUCAGGAGGUUCAGCUUUGGCAGUUGCAUCAGGAUAUUGUUCAGCAGCGCUAGGAUCAGACACUGGUGGAUCCACUAGAAAUCCAGCGUCUUAUUGUGGUGUUGUGGGAUUUAAACCAACGUAUGGCUUGUUGUCCAGACAUGGUUUGAUUCCUUUAGUAAACUCAAUGGAUGUACCGGGAAUAUUAACGAGAACAAUCGAUGAUUGCUUAGAAAUUUUCAAUACAAUCGCCGGACCUGACGACUUUGACUCGACAACAAUUAAAGAAACUUUCACGCCAAUCAAACUGCCAGAAGAAAUAAAUGUUAAGAAAAUAAAAAUUGGAAUACCAAAAGAAUAUCAUUGCAAUGGAUUAUCUUCGGAAGUUCUUGAAACAUGGACGAAAGUUGCUGAUCUCUUAGAAGCUGGUGGAGCAGAAGUUAAAGAAGUUUCAAUGCCUUAUACAUCAUCAUCAAUAUUUGUCUAUUCGAUUCUUAACUCGUGUGAAGUUGCAAGUAACAUGUCACGUUACGAUGGUAUUGAGUUUGGACAUAGAGCUGACGAUGAGACAAGUACUGAACAUCUUUACGCUAAAUCUAGAGCUGAAGGCUUCAAUAGUGUCGUAAAGAAUCGAAUUUUCGCUGGAAAUUAUUUUCUUCUAAGGAAAAAUUAUGAAAAUCAUUUUCUGAAAGCAUUGAAGGUUCGAAGAUUAAUUAACAAAGAUUUUAUCAAAGUUUUCUCAGAAGUUGAUCUCUUAUUGACACCUACAACGUUAUCAGACGCGCCUCUCCUAAAUGAUUUCAUGAAACUAAAUAAUCGCGAUCAAACCGCAUUUCAAGAUUAUUGCACACAACCAGCAAACAUGGCAGGAGUUCCAGCCAUCACCAUUCCCAUCAAACUCUCAUCAAAUGAUCUUCCAUUAAGUCUUCAACUCAUGGGUCCGAACUUUUCUGAAGAAAAUCUUUUCAAAGUUGCAAAAUUUAUAGAAAAUUCAGUAAAUUUCUCUUCAGUUUAUUCAGAAAGGAAUUUUUAUUAA